UCGAAAUUCCUCAAAUAAUUUCUGUUGGAUCGCAUGAUCGUGAUGAGAACGGAGACAGAUGGAAACAACUGGUAUAUAAGGCCCCAGUGGCCAGGGGUCAUCUCAUAGAGUCAGUUGAUAUUUCGGAUUUUACAGAUAAUCAAAAUGAGGGUUGCAUUCUUGGUGUUGCUCUGCUUGACUGCUGGCAGUCAGGCCAGUUUCUUAGACGAUUUGAAAAGUGCUUUCAGUAAUAUCGGAACCUCUCUAACAACUACAUUUCACGCUGUUGGGGAUCAGGCUAAAGUUGUAGGACAAAACCUUCUUACCACAGCCAAAGAGCAGGGCUCACAGCUUGCUUCCCAGGCCCUUCAAAGUUUGUUAAUGGGAACCAUGAACGCUCUCAGCUCCCAGGGCACCACAGACACUGCCACUGCAACCAAGAGAUCUCUGAGUGAUCUCCUCCAAGAAGUGAAGCCCUUGACUGAUGCCGCCAAGAGCAUCGUAGAGCAGAAGAUGGACAACAUGAACGGAGUGUACGCCGAGGCCCUCGCCCAGCUCAAGGCUCUCUCCUCUCAGCUCACCACCAUGCCAGCUUCUGAGCUCAUUCAGAAAGUUGACCAGAUCGUUGCUGCCCACCACACCGUUUCCAACAAUCUCCAGAAUGAGCUCGUCACAGAUCUCACCUCCCUUUUCGGAAAGGUCUUGUCCUACCACCCAGGAACCAAGAGAAGUACCUUCACUGACGCCCUCAGUUCCCUCGGAUCCGGUCUCGCCAACUUUUUCCAGCCUCAUAUCCAAGCUGUCCAACAGUUGGUGAGCGGAGUUGGAGAGUCCCUGAAGCAGACAUCAAGCGCUUUCCAGACCAGCCUGAGCACUGGAGCCCAUGGUGCUGCCAUCACUGAUUCCACCUCUCAACUCGCCCAGCACGGACAGAACGCCCUCAGUGCCCUCAAGGACGCCGUCUCUGACAUCCUCCAACAAACCCUGACCAACAUGCAGCCACACAUCGUCAACAUCCUCCAGCACGGAGCCUCAGCACUUACAGAGACCCUCUCCCACAACCCAGCCACCUCAUCUGAGACAGCUGCCAACCCACAGUAAACCAUCUGAUAUAGAAACCAUUGUAUUGUAUAAAUUAUUAUAAAACCUCCUACAAAAACAAUAAACGGGUUUUGUGUUACCA